AGCAAAAUCGAUGAGUUUGGUGCUUGCGUUCAUUUACUUUUAUUGUCAUUAUUUUGAUUUUUCCUUCUUUCUUUCCCAUUUUGCUUUGGGUUUCUGGAGUUCUGACUCUUCUCUCUGUGAAAUUCUUUGAUUUCUCUCUAUAAAUUCUCACGAAGAAAAAAAAAAAAAAAUCAAUGGCAAACAAUAAUCUUCCUCGGAGAAUUAUCAAGGAGACACAGAGGCUUCUCAGUGAACCAGCUCCUGGAAUUAGUGCUUCCCCAUCAGAAGACAACAUGCGAUACUUUAAUGUGAUGAUUCUUGGUCCCUCUCAAUCUCCAUAUGAAGGUGGGGUUUUCAAGUUGGAGUUAUUUUUGCCUGAAGAAUAUCCAAUGGCACCUCCCAAGGUUCGUUUCCUUACAAAAAUCUAUCAUCCUAAUAUUGACAAGCUUGGAAGGAUUUGCCUUGACAUUUUGAAAGAUAAAUGGAGUCCUGCCCUUCAAAUCCGAACAGUAUUGCUGAGUAUCCAAGCUCUUUUGAGUGCUCCUAACCCUGAUGAUCCACUUUCUGAGAACAUCGCAAAACACUGGAAAACCAAUGAAGCUGAAGCUGUUGAGACAGCUAAGGAAUGGACCCGUUUAUAUGCAAGUGGUGAAUGACCCCAGGUGGCCUGUUGCUCAAAGUGAUGGUUUCUUUCUCGUGUUAAACUAAAUUUGUUGUCUAUGAACCUAAAGCAUACAAACUUAAGAACACAUAUUUGAGAGUCCUUUAAUUAUUAGGGUAAAGGGUCAUAAUCCUUUCCUCAAUGGGCAAGCUUCAGAUAUGUAUGAUUAGAUAGAAAUUUAUCUUAUUCUAAUGUAGUCUCUCAUCUGACUUCAUAGAACUUGUCAAUGUGAAAAUUUCUCUGGCUGGCUUUUGUUUAUUUAA